AUGGAUAAUGAUUUGUUUUCAUUUAUAUAGCAGAGCAACAGCAUAUAGGUUAUAACAAUCUUUCUUUAUUUGUAUGAAAUAAUUUUGUAAUGGAUAUAUGUACUAAAAGAGUUUUCUCAGCUUGCUUCCGACAUGCCAUACUAGUAAAUUCAAAACGUUUUCGGGGAAAAGUUAAUUUACGUAGGCCAAGACCACCCCAUUUCGAAAAAGCAAGACUUCUUGAAUUUACAAAACCACAUUUUCAAAGUUACUUUAAAGAUAAAAGUAUGGUUGAACUUUGCAAUAAAAAUAUACAAUUGUGGAAAAAGGAUAAUGUGGAAAAUCCAUAUCAGAGGUUGCUUGCUAAUGAUUUGUAUGACAAAUACAUAAAUUCAAAAUUAAUUUGUUUCUAUCAUUUGAAUACAAUGAAAGCAGAAGACCAACAUAAAGCAUUCAUAAUGUUUAAAAAACAAAAUAUGUUUUUAUCAGAUCUUGGUAAAAAAACUGUAGAAAUGGCUAUAAAAGGGACUCCAUAUGAAACUGUUUUAUCACUAUUCACAUCUCGCAAUAUGACUCUUUUCUGUCGUGAUCCAGAUAUAAGCAAAAUGUUGACAAUAACAAAGAAAUUUCCCCAGUUGGUUUUAAUGGCUGCAAUAUUCGAAGGAACACUUCUAAGUAGAGAUGAAAUAAAUUACUAUAGUCAGAUACCGGACCUUAAAGCAGCACAAUCCGGCCUCGUGCAAAUGUUGGACAGGAUUGGUGGAAAUGUUGUUAAUCAGCUGUCAAGCCAUCAAACAAAUUUAAUCAAUCAGUUAGAAGCAAGAGUGAAACAAUUGGAAUUAGAAAAAGCAAAAUAACUAGAACUGUUUUAUAGAUAAUGAAAACUUUGAAAAAAUGAACUCAGGACGAUUAAUUUGAACUUACUAAAUUUUUAAAUAGGAAAAAUUAAUUAAUAUCGUUCUUAUGUUAAGACUAUAUAAUACUUAAACGCGAUGUUAAUAAUUUGUUUGAAUAAAUAUUAAAUAUGCAUUAAAUUUC